AUGAGUUCCGAUUCACUGCCUUCUUUAAAAGAACAUCCGGAAAGUGACGAUGUCACUCAAGCUUCCACCAUAAGAAAAGGUGCUUCACCAUCCAAGUCAAGUUAUUUGCUCGUCUCUACCCUAUGUAUAUUUGCUGCAAUGGGAGGUCUUAUCUUUGGCGGCUAUGACACAGGAACGAUUUUAGCUUAUGUUAAUAUGCCCGUUUCCUCGAGAAAUUAG